GCUUUAUACAAAGUUCAUAUUCUCCAUAUAACUUUCCAAGCAAUAAUAUUCACAUUCUCCACUAAAACGGCAUCGUUUCGCUUCCUUGACACCGAAGCUUCCAUCCCUUCCACACUGUCACACAUCUUCCAUAUCGAAUCCAAUCUCUGUCUUCUUCCAGAACUAUACCAGUACCACUAACAAGGUUUUAAAAACCGUCAGAGACUCUGAAAACGGCCGCGACAAAACAGUAUCGAAAAAUGGGCUGUUACCAAUCAAAAAUGGAGAACGAAGAAGCCAUAACACGCUGUAAAGACCGUCAUUACUUCAUGAAACAGGCGGUUUCAUCUCGUAACAACUUCGCGGCAGCUCACUCAUCCUACGCUGCCUCCCUCAAAAACGCGGGGGCUGCUCUCAUCGAUUUCGCGCAAGGUGAACAACAAAAUUUCCAAUUAUCUCCUCCCUAUGAUGUUCCCUUGCCUCCUCCUCCUCUUCCUGAUUUACCUGCUGCUCUUCGCCGUGCUAUUACUAUGCCUGAUUUUGAAUCUGUGGAAACUACUGGUUUGGAAGAGGUUGAUGAUGAUGAUGAUGUAGAUGAAGAAAUUGUUGAAGGGUGUGGUUUGAGUAGAAGAGUGAAAAAAAGUGAGAAUAUGAAUAUGAUUCAGGUGUUGAGUGAAGUUGAUAAUCAUUUUAUAAUGGCUUCUGAGUCUGCUCGUGAGGUUUCUGUAAUUCUUCAGGCCACUCGUCUUCACUAUCAUUCCAAUUUUUCUAAUACUACCGGAGGACAACUUGAUUACUCUGCAAGGGUAAUGCGAGUUGUAACAUGGGACAGAUCCUUCAGAGAAACACCAAACAUGGAUGAAGUGAAAGAUGAUUUCGACUCCGAGAAGCAUGAAACUCUUGCUACUGUAUUAGACAAGUUGCUAGCAUGGGAAAAGAAACUUUAUAAUCAAGUUAAGGCUGCUGAGUUAACAAAAUCUGAGUACCAAAGAAAAGUUAUCACUAUCAACAAGGUAGAAAAAAGAGGUAAAAACAUCGAAACGUUGGAGAAAGAAAAAGCAGCUCUAAGUCAUUUGGAUUCCGUUCACAUUGUAGAUAUGCAGUUAUUGGACUCAACAAUCUCAGAGAUAAAUCUUUUACGCGAUCAACAGUUGUACCAGAAACUCGUUCACCUUGUCGAUGGGAUGGCGACAAUGUGGGGAACCAUGCAUUACCAUUAUAAGAAGCAGUUAAUUAUUAUGAAGUUAGUGAAAUCGCUUGAUUCUCAGUUUCCUACCGAAACAAGUGAACACCAUCAUGAUAGAACAUAUCAGUUAUUAAAUGUUAUGCAAGAGUUGGAAUCGCAGUUUGAAAAGUUGGUAAACAAUCAAAAGGGUUUCAUAAAAGCUUUAUACAGUUGGUUAAAACUUAAUCUUACCCUUGUCGAAAAUGAUAUAAAGGAAAAGAUAUCUUCACCGGCGAUACAAAUUCUUCUUCAUGCUUGGAAUGAUCAUCUAGAGAAACUUUCUAUUGAACUUGUUUGGAAAGCCAUAUCACACUUUGUUGCCGUGAUAGAUUCUCUUUACCAACAACAACAAGAAGAGUUGAUUUUAAAGAGAAAAUGCGAGGAGAUGCAAAAAGAGCUUGCGCGCAAAAGCCGACGAUUUGAUCAGUGGGAGUGCAAAUACAAGAAAAAGAAAAGACUAGAUGAGUUUGAUGCAAAUAGGGAACAAGGUGAUGAUAGUAAUGAACCUGACGAGGUUGUAAAGGAGAAGAGAGUUUUGAUUGAAUUAGAAAAGAGGUUGGAUGAGGAAAAAGUUUCUUUUGAAAAACAGUGCUUACAUGUGAGGCAAAAAUCUUUGGUGUGUCUCAAAAAUAACUUGGCUGAGCUCCUUAGGGCUAUGACAGAUUUUUCUCUUGAAUGUUCUAAAAUGUAUAGUGAAUUAAGGAUUGUAACACAUAAAUUAAGAUCUGCACAAAGUUCAUAAUGAGAAUUGGUUUAUGUAUUAA